GAUUGACCAUGAACUGCAAAACAAUUAUAAUUUAAAAAGAUACAAUUUUAGUUGGGGUUUUUUAAGUUGGGAAAGAACCAAACUUUAAGGAGAAGACUAUGAACCCCUUUAAAAAAGAUCUUAACCGGUCAAGCAGACAUUGAGGAAUGAAUGGCCUUUUUUCAGAUGAAAGAAAAAACGUCCUAGAUGAGAUGAAAGCUGUUGAAGCUCAGACAAUGAAGCCAUAAGCAAAACGGUGCCAGAACAAUGUCCUUUGUCUUGUUAUGUGGACGCUGCUUGCAUAAUGAUUCCCACAGAGGACAGUUGCACGCACACCGACAAUUCAACAAAGUAGACUGCAUUGUGUGCAAUCCCAACACAAAAACUUUGCGAAGUAACUAAAAUAUCAUGUGUGGUUACAAUCCUCCUUCACACAAAAAAUUCCAGUUUUAAAAACUGUCCAACAAUACUGUGAAGGGGGCCAGCUCUGUAUCAUUUCCUGUCAGUAAAAAAUGGAAAACACCCUUUUUUUACAACCUUGCAAGAAUUUUGGCCUAAUAAUUUAAACCUUCCAUCCAUCCAUUGUCAAACCGCUUAUCCUGCACACAGGGUCGCGGGGGGGCUGGAGUCUAUCCCAGCCAACUUCGGGCGAGAGACGGGGUACACCCUGGACUGGUCGCCAGCCAAUCACAGGGCUACACAGAGACAACAUACAAAGAAUUGAAACGACUUUGUGGGGUUGGACAGACUGAAAAAGGGUGAGUGUAAUGUCUGCCCUCUGGUGGUCAGCAACUUUACAGUAGUUAGGCUUCUGUCAUUUUCAGGAAUAAACAUUGUUGAGUAGUUAUUUUCUAUAAAAUGAGUUAAUUAUGUAACAUUACCUGCAAAACUAAAAAUAAUAUACCAUUAGCGAUGCAAAAGUCUAUUCCUUAGACUGUAAGUUCACGUUAAUAAUUGGAAAAUAUCAUUGUUACAUACAAACGUUAAAACAACAGCAACAUUAGUUGAUAGCUUUGGCUAAAGCUAGUUAGUGUGAAAUGUUAACAUCAGGUUUUACAGGUUUUCAUUUUCAAAUGAGUUAACAUGUAAUAAAUCCACAAUAGCAUAUUAUUCAGCGUCUCAUGAAAGGGUUACAAAUACUCAAAUAAUGCUAACGUAUACAUAGUUUAACUAAAUAAAUAAAAGAGUAGAACUAUAAACUGUAAUAGCAAAUUAUAAAAAAUAACUAUAUAUCAGUAAUGGUCAGUUUAGCUAUUGAAAUAGCAUUGCGUUAGUUUUAACUGUAACUGAAUUUGGAUGCUAACUAGCGGUUAGCAACUAAGCCAGCUAGCUAACUAGCUUAGCUACUCUCAAAAAUGUAACCCUCAAAAACUCACCAAUGUUAUUCUUCUGAUACACCCAACGGUCAGUUGAUAUUUCAAAACGUUAUCUCCAAAAUCUAUAAAGGUUUCCUUUUUCCUUUGGGUUAAAUAUUAGGGGACAAUAAUACAACGCUAACUAAAGUUGACUUUAAGGUAGCUAAAAUUGAGUUAGCCUCCGAUGAAAAAGCAGUGUCAGUAUUCAAAAUAUCAGCGGACAGUCGGUCUCUUAAAAGUUAUAUUUUUAAAGGCUAUUUGAUCUUGUGUGUAUCUAUGCUUGGGAGAAAAUAUUUUUUUUAAAUAACUUUUUGUAGUUUUGCUUUCAAAAUCUUAUUUGUAAUCAUAUUAUUUUGAGUUUUGCACUAAUGUAAAACUCGAAAUAAUAAUCAAGCCACUACUUAACGCUUUUUAAAAAAAAACCUUGCUGAAUGUAAUAUCCAGCCUGAAUUUGAAGUUACAAAAUCCGUGUCUUUACCUGAGAAAGUCGAGAGAUAGCCUUGAUUGCAAACAGCUGCGCAGCACCACGUGCCUCGGGUCCUGUUUACCUCGAGUUCUCAGACGAGAGACUCUUUGCCUGGUGUCGUUAUUUACCAUGAAACAACCAAUGCGAAUGUCGGCGGUACUUCGUUUUUCUCGCACGAUUUUCUUCCUGCUGCUGGUCACCUGCAGCUGCCCGCUGGCCAGAGCUUCUCUGGCUGCCUCUAAUGCGCUGCGCCACCUGGGCGACUUCUCCUACCCGUACGGCAGCAUCUUCUCCCCGCUGCUGAAGGCCCUGGCGGAGCACGGAGGGUCCAGGUGGAACCCCGAGCUGAAGAGAAGGAUGAAACCCGAGCACAAGUACAUGAAAUAUCUGACGGAGGUUUACAAGAAGUCCUCCAGGGUGCAGAGGAGUUUGGACGGGGAUACAAUCUACAACACCGUCCGGCUCAUUAAGCCGCAAGAUGAAUGUCUGGCAGAAAGUGAUAAAGGGAACUUUAUGCAGGAUCUUUCCUACAGCGUUGAUCAAGUAAGAGGAAAGGAACAGCUUCUGAAGUCCGCCCUGCUGUACAAUUUUGACCACGCUGCACCUGUCAACUCCGUAUGCUACCUGAGUCUUGGGGAGCAGGAGCAUUCAAACCAGUGUCCGCUGUGUCCUGAGGUCCAUCACGCUGUGAACUUCACUGUCGGCACAGACUCAAACAGCAGGAGGAACUGGGUGGAGGUCGACGUCACCUUGUUUCUCCGGCCUCUCUUGAAGUUUCAGAAGAAUUUGCGCCUGCUCAUCAACGUCACCUGUCCAGGGGAACAAAGAGCCAGUGGUGAUUGGCGCAAAGCCCCACUGAAGUUCACCCUGAGGUCCCCUCUCCUACUUCUUUACCUCCAUGACACCAGCAGAAUUGCUCACCAGCAGUUUCCAGUCGAUGCCAAAGCGGGCCGAAGGCCAGAUGCUGUGGCCAACGCAUAUAACGAGCAGAUGGUCCUCAAACAAGAGCAGAGCGUGGGGCGAAAGCGGAGAUGGAAGAGGGAAUCCCAUAAGAGCAAGCUGGGCGAUAAAGGUCUGGACAUCCAGCUGCCGGAGCUUCUACCGAGCUCUGAAUUUCAGACAAGCGACUGUGCCUUGUAUGAUUUCAGGGUGCGAUUCAGCCAGCUCAAACUGGAUCACUGGAUUGUUUUCCCACCAAAGUACAACCCGAGGUACUGCAGAGGCAUCUGCCCGAGGACCAUAGGCUUCUUCUACGGCUCACCUAUGCACACCAUGGUGCAAAACAUCAUCUAUGAGAAACUGGACUCGUCUGUGCCCAGGCCCUCGUGCAUUCCCUCCCAUUACAGCCCCCUGAGUGUCAUGAUCUUUGAAGAGGACGGCUCCUAUGUCUACAAGGAGUUUGAAGACAUGGUGGCCACCAGAUGCACAUGUCGCUAAGCCAGCCACCGACAAGUCCGGGCUUUUCUUUCUUCCUUCCUUCCUUCCUUCCUUUUUUUUUCUUUACAGGCUGAAUAGAACAUCACCACAAACCUCAACAGUCAUCACAGGUGGACUCUAUCCAAAUUUUGGAUAGUCUGAACAGGAUCAGUGAUUCCAUGAUUUUUAUAAAAUUGUUGUGGAUGAAGUUUGAUCUGGAGCAGGUGUGGUUAAUCAUGUUUGUUAACUUAAACAAAAAGUAUUUUAUCCUCGUGAAAAUGUGUUUUUUUUCGGUUUUGUUAAGGUGUGAGAAAGAAAGGAUGUGAACGCAUCCUAUUCUUUGACUUACUGCACAUAAUAUUUAAUAUGACGCACUUGAAGAAAAAUUAGUGUAUGAUUUUGUUUCUAUUUAUUUAAGUUCUAUUUUUGUUAUUUUUAUGUUGCUGGUCAUUCUUUAAUUUAUCACAUUAACUAAGUUUUAGUAGCCCUGUUCUUGUCAAAAGAUGGAAAAAAGCAUUCACAAACCCUUAUAAAACCUUUUACAUAUCAUUUUAUUCUCGGGGAUUUAGAGACAACUGUCUAAAUGGCAGCUGACUACAUAAUGUCCAGAAUGACAGUUGUCAAGGGUUCCGUGUGUAUUUAUUACUUGUGGUCACUGCGUGACUCAAUAUGUAUGAAUUUAGCACAUACCUAUGAAAUUGUACGGUUGAAUGUGAAAUGAAUAUCAUGUAUAUUUAUGCAAAUUGAAUGAAUUCACUGGGGAAAAAAAUACUCGUCUGAGAAGUUUGAAAAUAAAAUAACAUGCAUAAAUGUUGUCUGCAUA